UUUCUUUUUUUCUUUUUUUUUUCUGGCCGUUCGCGACUCGUCUCUGCGACUGUGCUCAAACCCCACGCAGCUGCCCCGGCCAUCUCACCCCCUUUCUGCGUCUUUGAUACUUUGCUCUCUCCGAGUGGCGAACCUCCCAGCAAAUCCACGGAAACAGCAAGCCAUCGACACAAAAUCACCGCGUUGGUGGUUUUUUUUUUCUUUCGUUCUUUUCUUUCUCGCCUCUUAAUUUGCUUUUAUCGGUUCCCAACUUGCCGCCAUGGGGUGCAUUGCUAGUAAACCACCGAUUGACUUCUCUGCAGAUGUCAACUUUGAGCACUUCAAGCUGCUGCGCUCGGUCGGUCGCGGUGCUUUCGGCAAGGUCUGCAUCGUCCUCAAGCGCGACACAAAGAAGCUGUACGCAAUGAAAUACAUGAACAAGGAAAAGUGCCUACAAAAGCGUGCCAUUCGGAACGUUUUCAAUGAGCGGAAAAUCCUCGAGUCGCUCCAGCACCAGUUCAUCGUCAACCUCUGGUUUGCCUUCCAGGACGAGGAAGACCUGUUUUUCGUAGUCGAUCUAAUGCUUGGCGGAGACCUUCGGUAUCACGCACAGCGCUCUGGCGCCUUCUCGGAGGACCGCAUUCGGUUGUACACUGCAGAAUUGAUGAUGGCGCUGGUCUACAUUCACGACCGAAACAUCAUCCACCGCGACAUCAAGCCAGAUAACAUUCUUAUGGACGAGAACGGCCACGUCCAUCUGGCCGACUUUAACGUGGCGGCGUCCAUCCGCAAGGGUUCGCUGCUGUAUGCCCGAGCGGGCACCAAGCCGUACAUGGCGCCUGAAAUUCUGAACAAGUCUGGCUAUAAUCAAUCCGCCGACUGGUGGAGUCUUGGCGUGUGCAUGUACGAGUUGCUGCGGGGCAAGCAUCCCUUCCGAGGCGGCACGACCGAGGAAAUGCUCGAAAUGAUCCAAUCGGCGCCGAUCAAAUACCCCACUACGUGGUCGGAACCGUGCAUUUCCUUCCUUUCAGGACUUCUCGAACGUGACGUGACAAAGCGCAUGACCAUCACGUCCGAGAACGUCCAGGAAGUUUUGAAGCAUCCUUUCCUUGCGUCCCUGGACUACGAUAAGCUGAUCAAUAAGGAACUUGUGCCGUCCUUUGUCCCAGACAAGGACAAGGUCAACUGUGACGCCAUGUACGAGCUCGAGGAAAUGAUGCUCGAGGACAAUCCUCUGCAUAAGAAGAAGCAGCGCUUGCAAAAGACAACAAUGUCCAAGCAAGAGCAAGCCAAGCGGGAAACCAUUGGUGCAGAGUUGCAACGAAUUGCGGAGAAAUUCACCGUUUACGACCGAUCUAAAGUUAAAUCAACGCCGGAUGUCGCGCUUGACACGAAUAUUGACGACGACGAGAUCACUUCCGCAUCACCCCGACCACAACGAGCGUCGGGUCUUGCCGUGUUCAGCAACGAGCAUGACUCGUCGCACAUGUCCGAGGAUGAAAACGCUCUUCGAGGCGACUCGGACAGUAGGCGUGUGCGGUCUCAAUCGACCGAUCCCGACCCACUCGAGCUGCCAACUCGGCUGGUCACUCCUGUUGUGGACGAUGGCUCGAGCACCUCAUCGCCCAUCCAGGCUUGAGUGCAUUUCCCUUCCUUUUAGAGCCAGGCUGUUGCGACGAGACCCUGUCCCAUCGGGUUUUUUUUUUCUUCUUCUUUCCGCCCUGUUCCCUCUCCCAGAGGCUCGUCGGGGGGGUUUGCAGUUUGACACUUCAAAUCCUGCAACAGAUUAUUGUUUUUUUGUUGUUGUUUUUUUUUUUUUUUUUGGUUUCACUUCAAUUUUUUUUUUUGUUGUUGUUGUUUUUUGCUUCCUUUGUUUGUUUGCCUUUCUUUCCCCCAACCCCCCCCCCUCUCGUACUCUUGGCCUUACGUUUUAUGGUAAUGAUUUGGUAUCGUCCCACAUCCUUGCGCGAGCUAGCAUGACUUCCUUCCGGCUGGCCACGGAUGAGUUACUUGUCUUUGUUAUCGCUCAACUUGAAAUUGAUUUCCCGCACCCUUCUUUCUUGUUCCAUUUGUUGUUUUGUUUUUUCUCGUUUUGUACACUCUUUCUUGGUUUUCUUGCUCGUAAACAAAUCGGUUGUCGUGCUUUUGUUCGCUGUACUUGAGUUUCACGCAAAC